CGGUGGGAGCUUUAUGGGUUGGACUUGAGUUAUUGAUCAGCGGAUCCUCGCAGCGUCCCGAUAAACACGCAAGAAGAGGCGCUGAGUUGCUGUAAGAACUAGCUGUCUGCCCUCGCUGUGAUUUUAGGGAGACGUUAGGAGCCCCGCGGGGUUUUAACCGCUGGUUCAGUGAGAGCACUGCGCGCUGCUGUGUCUCUCCACAGACUGUAUAUAUCUCUGUCAUCAUCAUGGAAUCCCAGUCCCCGCCGCCGCCGCUGCGCUGCUUCAGCGACUCCCAUCAGUCGGAGCUGUUCAGAGAUGACGGCGUGCAGACGGUGACUUCAGCGGAGCAGAGAAAAGUCGAACGCAGUAUUCAAGACAUACUCACUGUUUACCAGCAAAUACACAGCUUACCACAGCCCACCUUACUAAGGGAGCAACACUAUCAAUAUCUCAAGAAAGGUUUACGCCAUCUUUCAGAUGCCUAUGAGUGUUUGGAUGCCAGCCGGCCUUGGCUCUGUUACUGGAUCCUGCACAGUCUGGAGCUGCUGGAGGAGCCAGUUCCUGCUGCUGUGGCAUCAGAUGUGUGUCAGUUCCUGGCCCGGUGUCAAAGCCCAACAGGGGGCUUCGCUGGAGGUCCAGGGCAGCAUGCCCACUUGGCGCCCACCUACGCUGCUGUAAACGCCCUGUGCAUCCUGGGCACGGAGGAGGCGUACAACGUCAUAAACAGAGAGAAGCUCCUGGACUUCCUGUACUCCGUGAAGCAGCCAGAUGGUUCCUUUGUGAUGCAUGUGGGUGGGGAGGUGGACGUCAGGAGUGCGUACUGUGCUGCCUCUGUGGCUUCUCUCACAAACAUCAUCACACCAACGCUGUUUGAGGGAACCCACAAUUGGAUCAUCAGCUGUCAGAAUUGGGAAGGUGGUCUCGGUGGGGUGCCCGGCUUGGAGGCCCAUGGUGGAUACACCUUCUGCGGCACAGCAGCUCUCGUCAUCUUGGGAAAGGAACACAUGCUGGACCUCAAGGCUUUAUUACGCUGGGUGACCAGCAGGCAGAUGCGCUUUGAGGGAGGAUUCCAGGGACGCUGUAAUAAACUGGUGGAUGGCUGUUACUCCUUCUGGCAGGCUGGUCUUCUGCCGCUGCUUCACAGAGCUCUCUUUAAAGAUGGUGACAUGACGUUGAGUCUGAGCAGCUGGAUGUUUGAGCAGCAGGCUCUGCAGGAGUACAUCCUGCUCUGCUGCCAAAACCCUGCAGGCGGAUUGCUGGACAAACCUGGCAAGUCCAGGGACUUCUACCACACCUGCUACUGUCUGAGUGGUCUCUCAGUAGCACAGCACUUCGGAAACAAAGAUCUCCACCACGAGCUGAUCCUCGGCAAAGAGGAGAACAGACUGGCACCGACUCACCCUGUGUACAACAUAUGCCCGGAGAAGGUCGCUCAAGCCAUCCAGUAUUUCCAUCAGCUGCCAAUACCAGCCCAGAACGGAGAGCCAGCGUGUGCUGAAGACCAGUCAUAGUCAACGUUUUUCUAAACCUUAAAGGAAUCAGUCAGUUGUUCUCUGGGCUACGAGCUGGAACCUGGUGUGCUGAUGCUGUAGUCAAAAGCUGUGCUGGUGAUAACUGCCCAGUUCUUGAAGAGGCAGAGUUACUAAACCUGUUCGCAUGUGCAAAUGACUUCUGCUUUAGAAAGGGGUUUUCAUACACCACUUCUUGAUACUGCACAUGCUUAGCCUUUUUAACAUGUUUUAGUAAUAUGUAAGUGGUGGUAAGCCUGGGCUGAAAAAAUAAAGGCUUGGACAGCGUUUUCCUGCA